AUGCGAGAUGAUACACUGUAUGAAGACGAUGAUGUAAAAGAAGCACUGAAGAGGCUUCCAGAACAUCUCUACAAUGAAAGAAUAUUUCGCAUAAAGCGAGCACUCGACUUAAGCCUGAAACACCAGAUCCUUCCAAAAGACCAGUGGGUGAAGUAUGAAGAG